GUAAUUUGCGUGUUCACGAUUUUCUUAUUUGCUACUUCUAGUUUGUAUUUGUUUUCUAAAUCGCUGCCAAACUUGGAAAAGACUCAUGUCGACGUCACUCUCAAGUUUCCUUCGAAUUUGGAUGAACUUGGUGUUCUAGCGAAGACUCUCAUGUUAUAUGAAGUGGAACAUCGAUGGCGUGUAUUCUUUCUGUUUUGUCUUGCCUAUCUCUACAAGCAGACUUUUGCUAUUCCUGGCUCAGCCUUACUGUGUUCUUGCAGAACGUGCUAGCCGGUGCCUUAUUUGGACUGCAGUUUGCUUUUCCAUUGGUUUGUUUCUUGACUGCUGCUGGUGCCACUUGCUGCUACACUUUGUCAAGACUGUUUGGCAUUAGCAUCAUCAACUAUUUCUUCAAGAAACAUUUCGAAUCAUUUCAAUCAAAGGUGUCUGAAAAUAACGAUGGUCUCUUUUUCUUCUUGCUGUUUCUACGACUCUUUCCUAUGACUCCCAAUUGGUUGAUCAAUAUUGCAUCACCAUUAGUUGGUGUUCCGAUUCAUUUGUUCUUCUUGUCAGUAUUUAUAGGUUUAAUGCCAUACAACUUCUUAUGCUGUCAAGCUGGAGUUGUCCUCAGUCAACUUACAUCUCUAGGGGAUUUAUUUAGUUGGAAGGUGGUUAUACAGUUAGCUGUAGGAGCUUUGGCAUCCUUGAUACCAGGACUGUAUUUUAGAAGGCGAAAUAGUGUCAUGAUUGAGAGUAAAUCAGAAUGAAAUGGUUCUGGGGAUACAAAUGUACAUUGCAAAUAAGUACAUAUUGUGUGAUGAUUCAAGUGGAAACGUGGACUUUGUUCUGCUUGUCAAUUGGGAUUACAGAAGCAGGUUACCAAUAAUUGUGUUGAUGAAAGAUGUUGGUGAGUGGGAAAUCAUUUCGAAGACUGUCCCUGCAUAUGAAGUGGACAGGCAUGUGUUGUCUCGUCUAUUUCUUAAAGAUGGGCAGCAAACAUCAAGAGACAGACUUAGCUAUAGUAAAACCAGCAAAGAGGUACCAGGUAAUCAUGUGGGUAGAAGAGAAUGCCAUGUUCUCCUAGAAAUAAACGCAAAUACCACACAACAAGAGAACUCGCCUGAUGUACUGUACAGGAGAGACGCUUGAAUGUAUUACAGGCUAGUUGUCAUAUUCAAUUGCUGAAA